AUGUCUUUCGGUGGCCAGACCCCGACUAUUAUUGUGUUGAAGGAAGGGACCGAUUCUUCACAGGGCAAAGGUCAAAUAGUUUCAAAUAUCAACGCCUGUUUAGCUGUCCAAGACACGAUACGAAGCACAUUAGGACCUUAUGGUGGAGAUUUAUUACUUGUAGAUGAAAAUGGCCGGCAGACAAUAACCAACGAUGGUGCGACUGUCAUGAAGCUACUCGAUAUUGUGCACCCUGCCGCUCGAAUUCUCACAGACAUCGCACGAUCGCAAGACGCAGAAGUUGGAGACGGUACGACAUCGGUGGUUGUACUUGCUGGUGAAAUUCUGAAGGAGAUCAAAGAACAUGUUGAGCAGGGUGUUAGCUCGCAGACUAUUAUUAAAGGGUUACGGAGAGCUUCAACCAUGGCAGUGAACAAGAUUAAGGAAAUUGCUGUCAACACAAGUGAGGGUAACAAGAGGGAGACGUUGAGCAAACUGGCUGGUACUGCAAUGAGCAGCAAAUUGAUCAAGAGAAAUACAGCUUUCUUUACGAAGAUGGUUGUGGAUGCUGUUCUUUCCCUCGACCAAGACGACCUCAAUGCGAACCUGAUCGGCAUCAAGAAGAUUCCUGGAGGCUCUCUUACCGACUCUCUAUUCGUAAAUGGUGUCGCCUUCAAGAAGACCUUCUCAUACGCCGGGUUCGAGCAACAGCCUAAAACCUUCAAGAACCCCAAGAUCGUCUGUCUAAAUGUUGAGCUCGAGCUUAAGUCAGAAAAGGAUAAUGCAGAAGUCCGUGUUGAGCAGGUGUCUGAAUACCAGGCGAUCGUCGAUGCGGAAUGGCAAAUUAUAUACAACAAGAUGGAGGCUCUUUACAAGACUGGUGCCAAGGUGGUUCUGUCGAAACUACCAAUUGGAGAUUUGGCUACUCAAUAUUUCGCCGACCGCGAUAUUUUCUGCGCUGGCCGUGUCUCGUCUGAUGACCUCGAAAGAGUCAUCCAAGCUACCGGGGGUUCCAUCCAGUCUACAUGUUCCGACAUUCACCCAGAGCAUCUCGGAACCUGUGGUCUAUUUGAGGAGCGACAGAUUGGAGGCGAGCGUUUCAAUUUCUUCGAGGAUUGCCCAGAAGCCAAGACAUGUACUCUUGUCCUUCGUGGUGGUGCCGAGCAAUUUAUUGCUGAAGUUGAGCGCUCCCUACACGAUGCUAUCAUGAUUGUCAAGCGCUCAAUCAAGAACAACACCGUUGUUGCAGGUGGUGGUGCCUGUGAGAUGGAAGUCUCAGCAUAUCUCCACCGUUACGCCGACAAGAAUGUCCCACAUAAACAGCAAGCCAUCAUCAAAUCGUUCGCCAAAGCUUUAGAGAUUAUUCCUCGCCAACUUUGCGACAACGCCGGUUUUGAUGCAACUGAUAUCCUCAACAAGCUUCGUGUUGAGCACCGAAAGGGCAAUGUCUGGGCUGGUGUUGAUUUCGUGAACGAGGGCGUUCGUGAUAAUUUCGAGGCAUUUGUUUGGGAACCAGCUUUGGUCAAGGUCAACGCUAUUCAAGCAGCCACAGAGGCAAGCUGUCUGAUCCUCAGCGUUGACGAGACAAUUCGAAAUGAAGAGAGUGCCCAGCCUCAAGCUCCACAGCGGGGUCUACCUCCGGGAGCAGCACAGAGGGCGUUGAGGGGCAGAGGAAGGGGCAUGCCAAGAAGGUGA